AUGGAAUCCUCCCUCGACACGCGAGAGUAUGAGUACGUUCCCUCUUCUCAUCACCUCGCCUCGCCUCGAGAACCCGGGUUCAUGAUGGCAAGUGACGUUCUUGGCAAAGGGAACGGCAUGAAUAUGGUUAGGAAGUCGCGCUUCAUGUCCCAUCCCUUCAACGACAUGCUCACCGGAACUACCCUCCAUGGGCUCAGAAAGCCCACGCGAUCCAGGGACCAGGUUUCGAGGCCACGCGAUAUCCCCUCCCUCGCUGACAUUACCACAAUCAAUCUCCACGAUCCCCCCGCCAAGAGAUCCGGAAAAUUACCCGCUGCGCAAAAGCAAUAA